UCGUCAGGCAGCAGCUCUACCACAGCCUGUCAACCCGUUCCUACAGCCUCUCAAGCUGUUCCUGAAGUCUCUCGUCUCCAGUAUACACCAUGCGGUGGUAUCUACUACAACACCUUCUCGGGGCCUCUACUAACACUGCCGCUGCUGCUGUCAGUCGACUCGAUAAUACCACGUGUCUUCUGCUCAGGCAUCAAAAGUACUGCACUUCAGGCAACCAGUUUGACUAUGAUGCUGCUACGUCCAAGUACAGGAAACUCCUGAAGCCUCGCGAGCAUUUCAACUUCGCCAAAGAUGUUGUUGGUCACUGGGCUAGUGUUAAACCAAACCACCCAGCUGUAUACCUGACAGACGGGAGCAAGCAGACUGUGGUGAGCUACAGUGAGCUGUACCAGGAGGCACAGGCACUAGCCACGGCCCUCAGUGACCCUGUAGCACCUAGAUGUGCUUUAGUUAUCCUGCCCAAAGUGCCCGAGUGGUGGGUCCUCAAUGUUGCCCUGUCUUGGUGUGGAACGAUUUUCUCAGCCGGAACGACAUUAUUAACGCCAGGGGAUAUAAGACACCGCCUUGUCGAGAGUAAGGCAGACUGUUUGGUGUGUGAUGCCGCCAUGGCUGCUGCCCUUCAUACUCUCACCCAGUCUCUACCUCGCAGAAUAGUCGUUACAGACAACAACCAACAUGUUGGAGAAGGUUGGAUAUCAUACCAAGAUGUACUGAAGCUUAGUAAUGGGAAAGCAGUGAAACCUUGUGUGUUGACUAAAGGGGAUACAAUAGCUCAGCUCUUCUUCACGUCUGGCACUACAGGCAAGCCAAAGAUGGUGCCUCACACUCAGGCCAAUUAUGGUAUUGGUCACAUCGUAACUGCCAGAUAUUGGCUUGACCUCACAGAAGAGGACAUGUUGUGGAAUAUUUCCGACACAGGCUGGGCUAAAACUGCAUGGAGCAGCCUCUACGUCCCUCUUAUGACCGGAGCCACGGCAUUUGUUCAUCAGAUGCCUCGAUUUGAUGGUGCAGAAGUAUUGAGGACCCUGAGUGAGCACCCAGUGACAGUACUGUGUGCACCACCCACAGUGUACAGGGCACUGCUGCAGUAUGACUUGUCUCAACACACUUUUCCUGCCUUGAGACACUGUGUGAGUGCCGGUGAACCACUCAACCCUCAAGCUAUGCAGCUGUGGACACAAUAUACAGGUCUUCCAAUAUAUGAGGGAUAUGGGCAGACUGAAACAACACUUUUGACUUGUAUAUCAAAAGGAAUGCAACUUCGACCAGGAUCCAUGGGAAAAGCUGCACCUGGCUAUACAAUAAAAGUGAUUGAUGACAAGCAGCAGGAGCUGCGACCACACCAGGAGGGUUACCUCGCGGUCUCUCUUAAGGAAGGUCACCCCGUGGGACUCUUUAAAGGGUAUUUGUCUGAUGAGAGAAAAACUUCAGAGGCGUUCGUGGGUGACUACUACGUUACAGGUGACAGAGGUUACUACGAUGAUGACGACUACUUCUGGUUUGUUGGACGAGCUGAUGACAUUAUUUUAUCUGCUGGCUAUCGCAUUGGACCAUUCGAGGUAGAAUCUGCGUUGCUGGAGCAUCCUGCUGUGGCGGAGUCAGCAGUGGUGUCGUCCCCUGACCCUCUGAGGAGUGAGGUAGUGAAGGCCUUUGUUGUCCUCGCUGAUGAUUAUAAAGACUGUGAUCCCCAGACCCUGGUAGUGCAGCUUCAGAACCACGUCAAGACCACCACAGCGCCAUACAAGUACCCUAGAAAGAUUGAGUUUGUGGAGUCUCUACCAAAGACAGUGAGUGGUAAGAUACGCCGGGUGCAACUGAGACAACAGGAGUGGCAAACACACCACACUUCUAAAGUCUGAGAGUGGUAUAUUACAAACCAUUUUGGAAAAAUACCCUGACUUUGCCCACUGUAAAUAAUGCAUAAACACACUUUUUUGCGUGUGUGUGCAACCUAAUUCAUGUCUGCAUAAAUAAGUCAUUGAAAUUGUGACCAGAUAUAAACAUGUAAAUAGUUCGUUACCACUGUAACUUGUUCAAUUAUCAAAAUUUUGCGGCCCAGUUCCUGGACACGUCAUGUGUUUCUGUAACCUUUUGAUUACCGCCUACAGGAUGGGUAUGGGGAGCAUAAUACUUAUUAAACAACAACCAUUCUAAUCUGAACCAUGUAGUACUUUUACAUGGUGACUGCAUAAAGUACAUACACUGUAUAUUUGUAGCAUAAGGGCAUUUAUAUAGGCACUGCAGUAGGCGUAAUGGCUAGUCCUGCUCAACGUUCAACAGUUUCCACUCAUAUGAAGUAUUUAUCUAAUCUGUUGUCAAGGUUGUCUAAGGUGUUAACUCAGUGACGCGACGCUAUUUGGUAGGUGUUCUACUCAUCAACAACUCUUCUGAGGCUAAAUGACCCCCACAUAUAUUUAGCAUUUUUCAGUAUACUACUACUACCACUACUAAUAAUAAACAGUAACUCAAUUACCAAAGCUAGUACUUUUCUAAAUCCUUUCUAAAUCUGAAUUUGUUGACUUUGACUCCCAAGACAAUGUAGCAGCCAGCUUACAUUUAUAACAGGUGAUGAAAAAUAUGUGAUACGCCUUGAGAACUCUCAGAAACCAUCAUCUCAGAAAGUCUUCAAGCCACCAUUGCAUCAAGAACUGUUAACCUUAAUUUUUAAAACUCUGCAAGAUGGAGGUUUCUUUAUAACAUUAACACUCGAUGUCUUAAAACAUUGUAAGAGGAGCGAUGUUGUUAGCAUUAUGAAGUAACUGAACACUUGUCAGUGGAAAUGGAGACAGCCACCUGGAAACGUAAAUUAAAACAGAAAUAGAGGCGGUAUAUUUCGACCUCUAAGCCCCUCAAGGAAGGUUCAUUGAUGCUGGUGAGGGGCUCUUGAUCUAGAGAAUUUGAUCUGUGCUGCAGUUCCCUGAAUUAAACCUGAAUACCUUUUACAUCCCAUCCACAGGCGCUGUAUA